AUGGCAGGCGCGGUGGAGUCGUUCCUGGGUGCGUUUGGGGGCGCGUGCCGCGCGUCGGACGGCGCACAGCUCCUUGCGUGUUUCCGACUGGAUCCACAAGCGUACGCUGCGCUGCAAGCGGCGCUCGGCGCGGGCGCCGCCGCGAAUCUCGACGCGGUCGAAUGGGUGAGCAGCAAGACGCACGACAAGCGUUUCCGCGCGCUGGCGCACGAGUUCCUCGAGUAUGUCGCACGCGAGGCGCCUCCGAGCAUCGCCGGCGGCGCGUCUGUGUACGAUAUGUGGGUCAAGGUCUUUUCGCAGGCAACGGCGAUCUUUGCCUUGCCAGACACGGUCUGGUUUAUCCCUACGCUCAAGCAUCUGGCCCAGCAGCUCGUUACGCUGGCCAUCCGCACCGACAAGCAGAGCGGCUCGCGCAUGUAUACCAAGACCAUCGAUGCGGCAGGGCGCCUCUCGAAAUGCGCGGGCCUUGCGGCGAACGACCGGACGGCGCUGCCCGGCCCCGACACGAAGCGCGCCGCGGUGCUUGCGCUGGCCAACGCGAGCUUCCGCGCGUACUUUAAGCUGAACAAUACGCGGCUGUGCGAGACGGUGCUCGGCUCGGUGCAGAAUGCGAUGCUCAUGAACCGGCGGCACGGCGACGAGCAAGGGAGCGGCGAAGAGGUCUAUCCGCUGGCCGAGCGUGUGACGUACCGCUACUACCUCGGCCAGAUCCGGCUGAUCCAGCACCGGAUCCAGGUCGCGGCGCAGCACCUCGACUGGGCAUUUUCGCACUGUUCGCAGCGCCAGUUUCACAACCGGCGCAAGAUCCUCGCCUCGCUCGUCGCUGUGCACCUGAUUCUGGGCCGGUACGCGUCGCCGCACCUCCUCGAGACGUUUGGUCUGACGGACGAGUAUGGCAAGAUGCUGUACUAUCACAAGCUCGGCUACGGCCGCGGCGUCCAGCAGGAGCUGGAGCGCCACUGCGACUGGCUGCGCACCAAAGGGCUGUACAUGGUGCUCGCCGAAAAAGCGAUGCUCGGCCUCUGGCGGAACUUGUUCCGCCGGUGCCUGCGCCUCGCGCCUAGCCGCGGCGCCGCGCCCAACGCGCCGCCGACGCUGCAGCUCGCCAUGCUGCUUGGCCCAGCGCGGAUGGCAUGGGGCGACGCGGCGCUGCAGGCCGAAGACAUUGAGUGUAUCGCCGCAAACUUGGUGGACCAGGGGCUGAUGAAGGCGUACAUUCUGCACUCGAAAGGGCUCGUCGUCCUGCAGAAAGGGCCGCACCUGGGCUUUCCACCGCUCGCUAGUGUGUACCAUAGCUAG